AUGAGAAAAUUCAGUAACACUUUUCAUCACUCUGAUGGCUUUGUUCUGGUGGGCUUCUCUGAAUGGCCCAAACUAGAAAUGGUUCUUUUUCUGGCCAUCUCUGUUUUCUACAUAAUGACCCUCCUUGGGAAUUUAGCCAUCAUUAUCUUGUCAUGCCUUGAUGCCAGGCUCCACACCCCCAUGUAUUUCUUUCUGUCUAAUCUCUCUUUUUUGGACCUUUGCUGUACUACUUCCCCUGUCCCCCAAAUGCUGGUCAACAUCCAAAGCCACUGGAGAAAUAUCAGCUACCUAGGAUGCAUAGCUUAACUUUUCAUAUUCCUUAGUUUAGGAUCCACUGAAUGUGUACUUCUUUCAGUAAUGGCCUUUGAUCGUUAUGUAGCUAUCUGCCAGCCUCUCCAUUACACAGUUAUCAUGCACUCUUGGCUAUGCCAACAAUUGGCAGCAGUGGCUUGGGUAACAGGUUUCAGCAACUCUUUGGUGCAAAUAGUGUUGACUUUCUUGUUACCUCACUGUGGUCCAUAUCAGAUGGAGAAUUUCUUCUGUGAGGUACCUGCCAUGCUUCAAUUAUCAUGUGUUGAUACAUGGAUCAAUGAAGUGGAGAUGUAUGCUGCUGUGGUGGUCAUAAAAGUCUCUUAAAAUUUUGAUUAUAAGGAAUUUCACUUAUUCAAUGAAUAUUUGAGUGCCUAAUUGUGUGCCAGGCACUGUUCUAGGCACUUUGGAUUUAUCAGUGGACCAACAAAGAACUUUGCACCAUGGAACUUACAUUUUGGUUUGGGAGAAAUCAAUGAUAAGCAAUAGAUACUAAAUAUCGUGUUAGAAGAUGGUAAGUGCUCUGGAAAGGAAAAAUGUGGAGUAUGGUAAGAUGGGGAUUGUGGGGCAGGAGGCAUACAUUGCAAGUUUAAAUAGAGUGGUAAGAGUAGGACUCACCGUAGCUGUGGCAUUUGAGCAAAGACUCGAAGUUGAGAGAAGACAAUGCAGAUAUUUGGGGUAAAAAUGUUCCAGGCAGAGGGAUCAGCCAGUGCAAAGGCCCAGAGAUAGGAGUGUGUUUGGCUUGUCCGAGAGAUAGGAAAGAGGCCAAUGAGAAUGGAAUGGAGUGUGUGAGAAGAGAAUAUCAGAGAGAUUACACAGGGACCUGAUUGGU